AUGUCGUUAUCAGCUGGUAUAGUGAAAAUAAUAAGGAACGACCACAGAGGGGAGGGUAACGUCCUAUUGGAAAUUGUAGUGUCCCUCAACAACAAUUUGAAUCUACAUGAGAUGGAUGUGAAAAUAAGUAUAUGUAUAGUGGUUGGAGCAAUAGUAAUGUUCCCUGUGAUAGUUUUGCUUGUAUACCGUCUUAACAAAAAGUUACAGUCGUUUGCAAUCUCAUUGACGAAUAAAACAUACGACUUAGAACAAGAGCGAAAAAGAACAGAACAGUUACUCUACCAAAUGCUGCCUGUUUCAAUAGCCAAGCGAAUGAUGAACAAUACGCCUAUAGAACCAGAAUAUUUUGAAUCAGUAACGGUUUACUUCUCUGAUAUAGUUGGAUUUACGACCAUCUGCUCUAAAAGUUCACCAAUGCAAGUGAUCUAUAUGUUGAAUGACUUGUACAGUGUGAUAGAUGAACGAAUAGAAAAGUUUGAUGUAUAUAAAGUAGAAACAAUAGGUGAUGCUUACAUGAUGGUUUCUGGUUUGCCAGUAAGGAACACCGACCAACAUGCAUCUGAAAUAGCUUUGAUGUCAUUAGACAUAUUGGAAAUAGUUAGUCAAUCUCAAAUACCUCAUAUACCAGGGGAGAAAUGGCAAAUAAGGAUUGGAAUAAAUACAGGUUCUGUAGUCGCAGGUGUUGUUGGAACUAAAAUGCCUCGAUAUUGUCUGUUUGGCAAUACAGUGAAUGUUGCGUCGCGGAUGGAAUCGACGAGUAAACCGGGCAUGAUUCACAUUUCGCAGUCUACAAAAAUUGCUCUUGAACACCAACCAGACUUCUUGGUGGAACCACGAGGUGAAACAAUAAUAAAGGGAAAAGGAGUAAUGUUGACGUUUUGGUUAUUGGACCACCAAAAGAGGCGCAAUUGUUCCCAUUGCUUAGUCCAAGAUAUAUUUAUCGACCAAAGAAAUACAACCUGCUGACAAUGAACUACAUUGUAUAAUCCUGACUCUAUAUUGGCCCUUUCGUCGAAACAA